UUUUGGUCCAUCAGUAGUCAGAGAAUACAAAUGGAUCUUCAGGGAAUUUGUAUGGACCCUUGUUCCGAGUUCUUUAUUCUUCUGUAUUGCUUUCGUCACAAGAUGCUCUGGCUUUGUUUACCCUGUCUGUCUACUUUUUUCUCACUAAAAAUGCAUGGAUAAGUCUCUACCUGUUAAUCAUAAGUCUGAUUUGUAAAAUAAAAAACAAAUUCACCAUGCAUUUUGAAUGUCGUAACUAUUUCAGUAUAUGUUGAAUGGGAAUUUUACUCUAUGUAGACUAUUAUGUUUAAUGUUUCCACAUAAAUGAAUAAUAUUGUGUGAUUGCAAUAUAUUUUGUUGCCUAUUGUGGUUGGAAAAUCAGGCUUCUAUUGGCAGUUAUUUUGCUCCUUAGUUGGAAGAAGAGAAAAGGGAAGCUAUUAAUUUAAACAAUUUCAUAAAGCUUGGUUUAUCAAAAGGAAAGGAACAUGAGAGACUUUCUCAACUUGAAGAGGAUAUGUACUUUUUAAGUCCAUGAAACUAGCUCUCAACUCACUGAUGGGAUCAUAAACAUUUUGCUUUCAUGAAGAUAACAGCAAAAUUAAGCUAUUGUACUUGGAAAAACUACAUCAAAUCCUUGAUAUGCAUGAAUGUACAAUUAAGUAGGAUAUGUACUUUUUAAGUCCAUGAAACUAGCUCUCAACUCACUGAUGGGAUCAUAAACAUUUUGCUUUCAUGAAGAUAACAGCAAAAUUAAGCUAUUGUACUUAGAAAAACUACAUCAAAUCCUUGAUAUGCAUGAAUGUACAAUUAAGUAGAGCUGAGUCAACACAUUUUUCCUCUGCACAAAUGAUCUUUGUUUGUUCCAUAUCUGGUGUUUAUGCUAUCAAUUUGUGGGCUUCUUAACUGUCUGAUACAAACAGAAACACAUACAUCUAAAGCUCUAUAAUUUUAUCAAAGGUGGAAUAGUUGUCUUGCAAGAUUUCUCUUAUUUUACUUGAGAAAAAACAUGUCUUUUGUACUUGUUACAAGAAAGUUUGUACUUAUCCUUGAUAAUUGAGCCUCUCGGAUAAAUUCAUUAUCUUCUUCCGACUUAAAUCCAUGAAAAACCAUGUCUGCAUUUGGUAGUUGUAACACGGAAUCCACUUUAUUUUUCAGAAUUAAACCUCUCGGAUUAAUUUUAUAUCAUUUGCUUCCAACUUUGGUUUACGGAUUUUAUGUUUAUUUGGCUCUAUAUCGCUGAUAGAAUCCCAUCUCUAUUAGACUAUGACAUUUUUUUUUAAUUCUCUAAUAUUGACGAGAUUAAACCCUUACAGGCACCUCAGGCGGGAUUUGACCUACUACCUUAAACACAUACCUUGCAAAGUUGCAUUAAUUGGUGAUAAUUUAUUCGUGAAGGUUGUGAGACCUUAUUCCAUAGUUGAUGCUGACAACAUAGAGCAUAAGUUAUACUUUUCUGUGUCCAAACAAGUACCCUUGGCACCUCCUCCAAAUGCAGAGAACACAGAGCAGUCUGUUGUUUCAGUAAACUAUUCAGGUUCUGUGGAAAGCUCUGAAAUACCAGAGAAUGAAGCGGUCAUGUAUAAUCAACCGGAGAAUAGCACUUCACACAAAGAUUUUAGUGCCAAUUCUAUGCAAGAAAGAUCAGGUAGGUCUUCCAGAAGAGAUAUAAAGCAUUCAAUCCCUCCUGUUUUCCAGAAAGAACGCAGACCACUGACAUCAUGGAGAUCCUCUAAUACACCAUAUCUUUGUAUUGCUUGUGGAGCAAAGACAGAACUAUAUAUCAAGGAUUCAAUGAGAUUCAGUUUCUCAGAAAUACAGCUGGUCAUUGCUGCAAAGGUGCGGAAUGAAGCAAACACACAAGGGUUUUCCGAGUUUCAUUCUGAAGUUUAUGUUUUGAGCUUUGUACGUCACAAAAACAUUGUGAUGCUUUUGGUUUAUUGCUGCAAGGAAAAUGUUAACAUCUAA